GGAAGCUCGGCAGUGCGCGUGCGCGGUGCCGCACUCCACGUUAGAGAAGGGACAGCUAGUGGUUGUCCGGGAGGGGUAGCGGGGGCAGUCCCCGGAAAUAAUCGCUAUUCUCAGUCACCGGGAAUUGGCGAGGUAUCCUCUGCGGUGGAGAGGAAAUGCAGCCUCAGAGUGAUUCCAUAUUCCAGGCAGUUCAAAGAAUUCUGAACCAUAAGAUGAGUUUAUUCCCAGACUUGGAAUGGCCAAAUAUCAAGGUGAAGUUCAAAGUUUGAAACUGGAUGAUGAUUCAGUCAUAGAAGGAAAAUGCACAUCAAAACAUUCACCCAGAAAACCAAGAGCUAGUGAGGGUGCUUCGGGAGCAACUUCACUCAGAACAGGAUGCGCCGGCUGCUGCUCGACAACAGUUUUACACUGACAUGUACUGUCCAAUCUGUUUACAUCAGGCCUCCUUCCCUGUUGAAACAAACUGUGGACAUCUUUUUUGUGGUACCUGUAUUAUUGCGUACUGGCGAUAUGGUUCAUGGCUGGGGGCAAUCAGCUGUCCAAUCUGUAGACAAACGGUAACUUUACUGCUAACAGUAUUUGGUGAAGAUGACCAGUCUCAGGAUGUCACACCAUUGCAUCAAGAUAUUAAUGAUUAUAACCGGAGAUUCUCAGGGCAGCCCAGAUCUAUUAUGGAGAGAAUUCUGGAUCUACCCACUUUACUGAGGCAUGCAUUCAGGGAAAUGUUUUCAGUUGGGGGCCUGUUCUGGAUGUUCCGUAUCAGGAUAAUACUUUGUUUAAUGGGAGCUUUUUUCUAUCUUAUAUCACCUCUAGAUUUUGUACCUGAGGCCUUGUUUGGGAUUCUAGGCUUCCUAGAUGAUUUCUUUGUCAUCUUUUUGUUGCUUAUCUACAUCUCUAUUAUGUACCGAGAAGUGAUUACACAGAGACUGAACAGAUGAAAAAAAAAUGAGUUUACUAAAGUAUUUGAGCUAAUGUGUGAAAUCAGACAAAAGGACCCAUGGCAGUGUAAAGCAUCUGAACAUUAUCUUACAAGCUUAAAACCACUGUAUUACAACAAACAUUUGAUUAUCAUUUGGCAAAUGCCUAGCAGUAUAUGACUGGAAUUUUUACAUGUUGCAGAUUCUAAUAUUAAGGUUAGAAUUAUAAUAAUUUACAACUGUAUCUUGAUUCUGUGUUUUCUAUAAGGUCUCUGGAAAAAAUAUGGAAUUAUAUAAAAAGGGAUGCUUUUAGAUCUUUUUCUUUUCCCCAAAAUUACUCAGAUUAAUUGGAUGUAUAGUAAGAUAUUGUUAAAAGUACAGUUUAUCCAAUUUGUCCUUCUCAGUGAGUACGUAUAUGAUAAUAUAUUGCUAUAAAACUCAUCUAAAUAUUUUUGUUACAAUAAAAUAUUGUAUAAUAUUGGGGAAAAGUCAUUGUAUUUUUUAGUACUAGCUAAGUUUUGUGCAUUUGGAGCUGUUCUGCUUUUCCAUUCUGAUGUAAUUCUCUAUUAUCAGCUGAAAGUGAAAGAAGGAACUUGAACUGUAUAAUUUGAUUUCAUAUCUGGUUUACAGAACACUUCUUAAUUAAUAGAAGAAUUAACAAGAUGUAAGACAUUUAUCUCCAUUCAGCACACUUGAUGGUCUCAGUUAUGACAUUUAAACAAGAGUUUGGUCCUUUUAUAGGAAUAGUAUAUAAAAGUAACUUAUAAAGGGUAAUUUUUUCAGGACUCCUGGGUAAUACUGCAAACACAUAGUAGUUUGAUGCAUUUCUGAGGAAAGUGGAUCUUCAUGGCUGUGAGCAUCAAAGACCUUAGGAGGAUACUAAGAACACUAUUUAAAUUUGACAAGAGAAAUGACUGGUGAGCUAUAGCAACAGAAUGGAUAAAUGUGGUUAGUUUUCUCUUGUCAGAAAACUUUUGUAAUAUUGUCCCUAGAUGGCAGCAUAUCGCCCAGAUACAUCCGUCUCAUGCAGAAUGAGCAAAUGCUGUCUGUGAUUCAGUAAGAAAGUUAUCUUGGUUUUUUGAUGGCUACAGCAUAAGUAUCUAAUGCUCUCUACUGCAGUUUUCUGUUUGAGAAGAAUUAAAACCGCAAGUAUUACGAAAUCCUAACUCCCUCAGUGGCACUGCUCGUUAGUGAACUGGACAGCAGGGUGGUCGUUGAUGCCCAAGGCUAGCGUUCGCUCUGUCACCUGUAAUCACUCAUGGUCGCACUGUCCAUUCAUGUAUUAGUGAUCUUCACUAUGAACAGAUAGGGAGAAAAAGAGCAAGUCUGUCAUAUGCUCCCAAAUUAAUCAGAUUAGCCAUUAACUAACGAGAUGCUGAAUGAAAUAUCAAUAGUGUUUUCUAAUUUGGGCCUAGGACAAAGCUGUUGCUUGUCAUAGAGAAAAACUAUAAUGCUUAAAUAUAGCACAUUAGAAUUAAAGCAAUUUCUCACAUAAUUUUCAUUUUAUCCUUAAGACAAUUAUGUGAAGAAGGCAGGGCAUCGCCUUCCCUUUCAUAAAAGAAAUCCCUAUGUUAUAGAUGAAAGUUUUUUUGCCUAAAGCCACGCACAAAUAAGUAACUGAACUGGAAUUAGAUUCUUCCUAG